GCGAGCUCAGACGGAGGCGCGCCUCGGCAGCGGACGCAGCUAGGAUGAGCUCUGGUCGGUGCCCCUCCGCCGCUUUUUGAGGGAAAUUAACGCCGAAUUUUGAGCCGUUUCUGCGUUAUUCUUUUUGUCGAAGCCGCGGAAAGAACCCGGCGGAUUCUGGAGAGUUUUCCGGUCGCUCCGGGGCUACAACAUGUCCUCCGCCGCGGUCGCUGCCUCCAGAAGGCAGUCCUGCUAUCUGUGCGAUCUGCCCCGCAUGCCGUGGGCAAUGAUCUGGGAUUUUACGGAGCCCGUUUGCCGUGGAUGUGUCAACUACGAGGGCGCGGACCGGAUUGAAUUUGUUAUCGAGACUGCCCGGCAGCUGAAGAGAGCGCACGGCUUUCAGGAGGGCCGCUCUCCGGGCCCAGGGAAGCCCCAACACGCCGGAAAGGAGAUCAACCACUCGGCCGGAGACACGGGCUCCCGUCCGCCGCAGCCUCUGGACCGCUACCCGCUGUCGGACCGGCCGCCCCGGCUGGGCCCAGAGUACCAGGGCGGUCGGCAGGCCAACGGCCUUCCCGUGCCGAAUGGAUUUCCAAAACCCGACGAGCCUCCGGAACUGAACCGCCAAAGCCCCAACCCCCGCAGGACUAGCACGGUUCCUCCCAACCUGGUUCCGCUGGUGAACGGCGGCAUUCCGGCCGGACUUCCGCUCAACGGACGCCCGGCUCAAAUGGGGCUUCCCGGGGCUCUGGUCGGGCCGGGCCUCGGGGAGCACGGGAAGCGUCCGGAGGAGCUGAAAGACAAACACAGGCCGGACAGCCUGUCCGACAUGUCGGACCACAAGGAGUGGAUCGGCAAAGGAAAGACGGUGAGGGACCUGAUGGCGCUGCACACGUUCGACAGCCGGUUUAAGAAGGAGGCCGCCAUGCAGAGGGUCCUGUACGAGACCGGCUCUAAAGACCGGGGGAAGCAUCCUCGUCCUGGGAAGAGGAAGGCGUCUCCGGAGCCAGAUGGGGAAGGCAGCGCCUCCAAGGUGAAUGGCAGCGAGGGUCAGCCGUGGCUCCCGUCCCCCUCCGAGGUCCUGAAGAUGCCCCCGGCCGCCCUCCCGGCCUUCUCGGUGGCGCCCCCCGCCACCAUCUCCCCUCACUCCCGCACCACCCCCCCUGAAGCCGCCACGGCUCAGAACGGCCAGUCCCCCAUGGCGGCGCUGAUCCUGGCCACCGACAAUGCCGGCAUCGUGGGUUCCCCAAAGGACGGCAGCCAGGUCCACUCCACCACGGCGGGCGCACGGAGGAACAGCAGCAGCCCGCUGUCGCCGUCCCAGAGGAGGCUGGGCCAGAGGGAGGGUCCUGGAGGCCCCAACCCUUCUGUUCCCGGUGGCCUGGACCCCCAUGCGCCGCCACAGAGCGUUCCGGACUCCUCGGUUCCCGGCAGCUUGCCGCUGUGCUGCACUCUGUGCCACGAGCGGCUGGAGGACACUCACUUCGUCCAGUGCCCGUCCGUUCCAUCCCAUAAGUUCUGCUUCCCCUGCUCCCGGGAGAGCAUCAAGCAGCAGGGCGCCACCGGGGAGGUGUACUGCCCCAGCGGGGAGCGCUGCCCCCUGGUGGGCUCCAAUGUGCCCUGGGCUUUCAUGCAGGGGGAGAUAGCGACCAUCCUGGCCGGAGACAUAAAGGUCAAAAAGGAGAGGGACCCUUGAACAGCCAGAGAUCUUUUUCUGGGACUUUUUUCUCUUACGGCAACAACAGCAGCAGGACAUUAGACCUCCAGACAGCCGUCAUCCUGGAGCCCAGAACCCCGACGGAUGGACGGACGUGUACAUAUCGGACACAUAGACAUGGCUGUAUCAUUUUUUGAUUUUUCUUUUUCAGUACGUUGUGUUUCUAUAUUUUUGACGAUAAAGGUAUGUACUCCUCCUUCCAGACUGUUUUUUAAUCUGUGGAUGUACUUUAGGUCUGGAGACGUCCUAUCAGACUUAGAAUGUGACUAAUCCAAGCACUUGGCAAAAACUAUUAAUAAAAAAGACAAAGAAAAUGCUUCUAGCUGUAUAUGUAUGCACUUGUUUAAGAAAAAACUUGCCAAAUACAGUUUCAAACCUUGUAAUAAUA